AUGGCGCAGGAAGAAGAGAGUCACACUGUAGAUAAGCCUUGCACUUGCCAACCGUGUGGAAUAAGUGUCACUACAAAAGGAAGCCUUAAAGUCCACAUGCAAAUUCACACAAGAGAGAAACCUUGCCCCUGCCAACAGUGUGGUAAAAGUUUCACUCGAAAAAGAAGCCUAGAGAGCCACAUGAGAACUCACAGUGGAGAGAAACCCUUUAAAUGCCUUCAGUGUGGAAAGAGUUUUACACUUAAGCCAACCCUUUAUGCCCACAUGAGAAUUCACUCUGAAGAGAAGCCUUACACCUGCAAACUGUGUGGAAUAAGUUUAAUCCGAAAAAGAAACCUUAAAUUUCACAUGAGAAUUCACACUAGAGAGAACUUCUACACCUGCCAAGAAUGUGGGAAAAGUUACGUUCAAAAAGGAGGCCUUAAAGUUCACAUGGGAACUCACUCUGGAGAUAAGCCUUUCACCUGCCAACAGUGUGGAAUAAGUGUCACUACAAAAGGAAGCCUUAAAGUCCACAUGCAAAUUCACACAAGAGAGAAACCUUACCCUUGCCAACAGUGUGGUACAAUUGUCAUUCAAAAAGCAAGCCUAGAGAGCCACAUGAGAACUCACACUGGAGAUAAGCCUUACACCUGCCUUCAGUGUGGACAGAAACCGUCCGUGCAGCAGUCUCCACAAGACAUGGCAAAGAAAUCUGCAAGAGUCAAGAAGGCUGAAAAAGUGCUUUCACCUCUGUGGGAUCAUCCACAGACUUCUGUAGAUGAAAAAGCUAAAGAAACCGCUCUGCAGGAGGCCAAGCAAACUAUUGAAGGCCAAAAGACCGAGAUUGCCACCUUAGAAGAAUGGGUUGACAUUCUGAAAGAGGAUCGAGAUUUCCUCCGAGAGAGACUUAAAGAGGCUCUUGCCGUUAGAAGCGAGAAGGGGGUAGAUGUGGCCAGUAAUAUCCCACCUAAUGAGCAGGCACCUGGAAAGAGGAAACAGGAGUCAAAUAUAACCGAUUCCUCAUCCUCUGAUUCCUCAUCGGAUUCUGAGCCCGAUUCCGAGUCCCCAGAGCCCAAGAAGUUAAAGUCAAAGCCCAAAAAGGCCAAGAAAAUGAGCAAAACACUAAGAGGUAUGCAGUAA